AUGGACGGACCGAAUAACGUGAACAGUAAUUACGUCAGACCUUUUACCGGCCCCUAUCAAUUAUCUUACCUUAGUUCUAAUAACGCCAAUCCUCCAUUAAUUCACCAAUUUCAAACUCAAAAUUUCCUUCCUUCUGUCUCCGAUAAUGUCGACGAAAUGUUCAUGAAUAUUAUGGACUACAAAGAUACCAGAAAUUAUACGGGCGAUUAUGCAUCGAUUCAAGACAAUCCCUCAGUUCCUCAUUUCCACCUGGGUAACGUUAAUAUGAUGAAUGGGCAGUUGAAUUCGCCGCAACUCAUGCAGACAGCUCUUGCCCACUCCCAGUACCUUGUCAAACAUUCAGUGCUCUUCAUUCCGAUGUGA